UUCAGGAAAAAAGUUGAAGGGGAACAAAUGAGUACGAAAAGCUGAGACUUCAAAGGAUUGAAGCUAAUAACACAAAGCUGGAGAAUCUAGGUGUGAAGCGCAUCAUGGCUAGCAUGAAGCAGAAGAAGGAGGUGAGUAUGAUCAAGAGUAAAGCUACCUUAGAUGAAGAUAGUGACUACUCACCGGAGGAUGAUCUUUCGGAUGAUGGAAAUGACGAGGAAGCCACUAUUGCAAACAAGAAAAGGAAGGCACAUAACCAAGACUGUGCAAAUAAGGGGACGAAAAGGAACUUCAUUUUACCGGGUGCAAUCGGCUCUUUGUUGACGCAGAGCAAAAACGUGCAAGGGAAAGGAAACAAAGGGGGAAAUGUGCAGCUAACAGCAGCCCUCAAAGUCAUACAGAAAGCGAUCAAUAGUCAACAGGAGGCGGAAGUUCAAGACAAGAUGGACUUCGAUGAAGAAAUGAAAGAGUCCGAUGAAAUUGGGAAGGCUGAUGUGGGAGAUAGUGAAUUUCAUGAGCGAGAAAGUGAUGGAAUCAAUGCAAGGGAAUCCCAAAAAGCAAUUGACCAAGAAGAUGGCUCUAUGGAGAAAAAAGGCGAAAGCAUGCUAACAGGAGAAAAGGAGGCAUCUAAUGAAACAGGAAAUGCAAAAACGAAGAAGUCAUAUAAAACCAAAACACCAAGAGGUCCUACAAGAAAUUUACAACUGGCUAAAAUGAGACCCGGUGAGAAGAUAAAGGUAGAUUUUGAUGUUAGUGGUCAACCAAUAGGUGUCAACAGAGCUAAGCUGUCAAGUUACUGUGGUUCCCUCGUCAGAGAUCCUCUGAAUGCGCCACUUUAUCGUAUUGAAGAAUUUUCACAAGUUCCACAAGAGAAUAAAGAGAAGAUGUGGAAGCUCAUUUUGGACAAAUUUGAUAUUGGGCUGGAUGAUGUUAAAGAUCAAGAUGAACGUGAAAAGAAAAAUAAAGAUAAGAGGAAGUAUAUCAUGACAUCUUUGAACAAGAAGUAUCGGAAUUUUCGUGCACGUUUGAAAAGAGAUAUUAUGACACUGAAGAAAAUGAUGACGACAGACUGA